CCAGGACCAAUCAGCUUCCAAGACGGGCGGGUCGGGACAGAGAUAACGGGACCCAAAAUCCCCAGUUAUCAUUAACGGACGCGUCUGUAGAUAAUAAUGUGACUUAUUAUAAGAGAUAUUAAAGGUUUUGGUGUAAGUCAUAAGGGGACAAGAACAUGCUGCUGGCACCCGGUCUAGAAAUACAGUGAGAGUCAGCUCUGUUUCCUCCUCUGAUCUGUCUCCAGACAGUAAGAUGUCUCUGGCUCAGAGGGUUUUGUUGACCUGGGUCUUCACCCUGGUCUUCCUCAUCAUGCUAGUACUCAAACUGGAUGGGAAGGUGCAGUGGAACUGGUUCCUCAUCUUCCUCCCGGUCUGGGUCUUUGAUGGCAUCCUCAUCCUCAUGCUCGCCAUCAAGAUGGCAGGCCGUUGCAAGCCUGGUUACGACCCACGCAACGGCUCCCCGGACCUGCGUCUGCGUGCCUGGUACCUGACGGCCAUGCUGCUUAAGCUGGGCUUCUGCCUGACGCUGUGCGCCAAGCUGGAGAAGCUGGCGGAUGUAAAGCUGACAUUUGUGUGCAUACCGCUGUGGACAAUGUUACUGGGGGCGCUGGUGGAGCUGGGGCUGAAUAUCUUCCCUGAGAGGAGAGAAGCCUGAACACUUGGUUUAUUGACUUCAACAUGAAUCAUUACACUUUAACUGUUGAGGAAAGAUGCUUUUAUGACCAUGACUUUGUGAAACUGGAGCUUUUGUUUUGGUCUGACGGAGGCUCCAGAUUGAAUCAAAUCUCAGACAUAGAAUUGAAUCAUUGUGUAGUCAGACCUCACUGGAGUCUGCUGUAAGGGCUUCAACAGGGCAGCUGCUAUUAAAUCCAUCACAAUCCAUUAAUUUACUUAAUCAAUUUAGCUUGGAAGCGGCUCCAUUUUCUUUAUAAAGACAGAAAAUGCCAUAAGGGGAACAACUAUACAUGUAUGAGACUACUGUGAAGCUGACACUGGAAACAUUAACGUCCUUUAAUGUUUGCUUUUGUUUUGAACUCAAGAUGUUGAGGAUUGUUUUCUAGUGUAUAUAAGAUAGCAAAGCUGCUUUUCUAAAAACAAAACAAAACAAAAAAAAAACUGGAUGAUCCGAAUGAUAUUUGGUGAAUUUUGACUUUUGUAUGGAAGUCAAUUUUUUGCCUGUUUAAGAAAGAAAAUGACAAGAACUUAGCCUUGAUUAACAAUUAUAUAUAUCUUCCCAUGUUAAGAUUUAAUUAAGAGAUACAAAAGUUUUUUUUUAAUCAUAAUUCUGAUUCACAAUAGGCGUAUAGUUUCAUUAAUUUAAGUUUGCUCUUUUUUUUGUGUAUUUAACUGGCAGAAGUGGGCUUCCAUACACCUGGUACCAGAAUUAUGAGUGUAAGUGUACAUUUUCUUAAAUGUAUUUUAGAUAUUGUGCGACACUUUUUCUUCUCAUUCCUGAGCUGCGGCGAGGAGGCAGCCAAGUAUUACUUCAUAAGUUAUACAUUAACUUCAGAGGUAUUCACGACAAAUGGCUUUGUUUUGGCUGCAAGCACAUAGGGAGGCGAUAGAUACAGAAAUCAUUUGGGACAUAGAAAACAUCUUUGGAGAACUUUGUGUGCCCCCUCCCACCCCAGGCUACCUCCUCUGCUUUGUACAAGGUCUCUUUUGUCAUCAUGUGGCCCAUGAAAAACAGUGCACCGUUAAUAGGUACAAAGUCCAUUAAGAGAAAGAACUCGGCAUGACCAAAAUGAUUAUGACUAUGAAUAUGUGAAAUCUAAAUUGAUGCCUCGCAGCUCAUCAGCUUACUUUAUAUUCCAACUCUACGGUACGGCUGACACUGUGCAUGUUUUGUGCCAUGUGAUUGUUUAUAAGUAUUAUAAAAGACACUUUUUGCGUUAUUUUGCACCAUGUAGAAAUGAGACGGUAUGAGUGUUUUGAGAUGGAAAAAGUAUUUGAUAAUUGAUGCAUGUCUUGUUAAAAAAUAAAAUAUCCGCUGUA